AAUAUACUCAGCAAAGUUGACGUGUGCAGGUUGUAUCCUGGCAGAGCUGUACACUGGCUACCCUCUGUUUCCCGGGGAGAAUGAAGUGGAACAGCUGGCCUGUGUCAUGGAGGUCCUCGGAGUCCCACCCGAGGAUGUCAUCAUGAAUGCUUCCAGAAGACGACUAUUUUUUGACUCUAAGGGCAACCCGAGGUGUAUCACCAACAGUAAGGGUCGCAAGAGGAAGCCAGGCUCCAAGGACAUUGCGACAGCCAUUCGCUGCAAUGACAAACUCUUUGUGGACUUUAUUACUCAAUGUCUCAAUUGGGACAGCAAGAAGCGUUUGUCACCUGACGAUGCACUAACGCCAUGAGUGGCUCAAAUCAGCGACAGUGGCACCCAGCGCAGGGGCAGAGGUGCGGCGGUCGCCCUCCUCAGCUAAGCCACCAGCCAGC